AUGUCAUCGCCGAACUUUGUACUACCCUCUGAAACUGUAACCUCUUUGAUUUCAGUUCUCCAACAACUGACCCAUACCAUUGCUCAACAAACCCAAGCCUUGCACGACAUUGGCUCUCAAAGGGCACAGUACCACCUGCAGAGUUCUGCCCACCCUCUCAAAGACGCUGUCGUCGUACCUGCCAAGACUGUGACUAUCGCUUCUGCUGCUGCUGUAAAUAUCGCUGCUGCUGCUACUGCCGCGCAUUCAUCAGCUCGAUCAGCCCAGGUUGAAGUAUCUGAGGGAGAGCCAGUUGAAAAACCAGACACAGCGUAUCAUCAUUGUGUAGGAAAGAAGUGGUAUAGCGUAACUGCAGGCCUUGCUGUGGGUAUAUUUCCCUCGACGUCAUUUGCGCAACCUCUAGUUUUGGGUGUCUCCGGGGGACUUAUGCGCGGGUUUCCAACACGCGAAGAGGCCCAGGCUGAUUUUGACCUUGCUCAGAAGAACGGCUUGCUUCGUAUCAUUCAAUAG